CUGCCUCUUUGCCUUCCUCAGAUCAAUGCCCUGGCCACUCACUUUCUGAUGUUGCACGACGGGAAAUGCUUUGAAUACUUGCGACAUGGCUGCGCGCAUUGAUUGCCAAGAUUGACAGCAGUUCUACUCAUCGUCUUCUCUUGUCUGAGUGUGUGUGAGAGAGAGAGAGAGAGAGAGAGAGAGAGAGAGAGAGAGAGAAGAGAGGAGAUAAAGAACAGACAGGCGAACAACAAAAGGUACUUGUAGUUUAGGACAGCUGAACUUCACAGAGAGUAUACGGGAUCCCCUCAUAUGGCCCCGUGUGAGCAGACUUAAGUUUUCGCUCAACAGAUAGCUCAGUGAUCAUUUUCUACAAAGUAUAGCCUAGUCUAGUUGUCUUUACGCACGGGAAAGGACGCAUACAUAUCUUCACCACGGCUCAGAUCAUCAAGCAGCGUGAAGCCGUGCGAGCGGACACAGGCUGCGCAGUGUAAACUGCAGCGUUCAGACCAUCCCGGACCGCUGUCACGGAUAACAUUUUCACCAAACAUCAUAAAUAAGUGGUUUUUACAUGAAUUCAAAAUCAGCCGACCAGUGAUCGCUGGAAGCUGGGGAUUGAGUCUUUCAGUUUUUAACCCCACACGCUGACAUGGAGGGCUUUCUUCGUAGCAGCUUUUUACUGAGCAGAGUCAUGUCUUCCAAGCAAGCCACGUCUCCUUUUGCCUCUGUGGUUGAUGGGGAUGAUGCCAUGAGUCAGGAGCACUUGUCUUGGGAGAAAGAGGAGAGUGCUGAGGCCCAUGGCACACCACAGCUGCCCCUGCACAGUCUGCUGCAUGGAAAAGCCCAUCCUGAUGAAAUGCAGCCGCUCAGCAGUGUACCGCCAGAGAGCGAUUGGGACAGCCUGGUGUCAGCACAACAGCGUAUGGAAUCUGACAGCAAUAAAGUAUGUUCCCUGUACUCCUUCCGGAACAAUUCCACUUCCCCACACAAGCCGGAGGAGGGGGCCCGGGAGCGAAGUGACCUGCUGAGUGGAUCAGCGUUUGGAACUCCAGAGCGCCGCAAAGGAAGCCUGGCAGACGUAGUGGACACGCUGAAGCAGAAGAAGCUGGAGGAGAUGACAAAGACAGAGCAAGACGAAUCCUCAUGCAUGGAGAAACUUCUUUCUAAAGACUGGAAAGAGAAGAUGGAGAGGCUCAACACCAGUGAACUACUGGCGGAAGUGAAAGGUACUCCAGAGAGCCUGGCAGAAAAGGAACACCAGCUCUCCACAAUGAUCACCCAGCUGAUCAGCCUGCGCGAACAGCUUCUGGCUGCCCACGACGAACAGAAGAAGCUCGCCGCCUCACAAAUGGAGAAACAGAGGCAGCAAAUGGAGUUAGCUCGUCAGCAGCAGGAGCAGAUUGCAAGACAACAGCAGCAGCUACUGCAGCAGCAGCACAAAAUCAACCUCCUCCAGCAACAGAUCCAGCAGGUCCAGGGUCACAUGCCUCCGCUCAUGAUCCCCAUUUUUCCACACGACCAGCGCACUCUGGCAGCAGCAGCCGCCGCCCAGCAAGGCUUUCUCUUCCCUCCGGGAAUGUCUUAUAAGCCAGGUGAUAACUACCCAGUGCAGUUCAUUCCAUCCACAAUGGCAGCUGCAGCAGCGUCAGGACUCAGCCCCCUCCAGCUUCAGCAACUGUAUGCCGCCCAGCUUGCCAACAUGCAGGUCUCUCCUGGAGCCAAGAUGCCGCCACUCCCCCAGCCCCUCAAUGCUAGUGGGCCCAUUUCUCCCUCCUCUCUGAAGAAUGACAAGAGUUCCUCCAGCCCCAUCACUCAAGUCAAGGAGGAGGGAACACAGCCGCUCAACCUGUCUGCUCGGCCAAAGACGACAGAACUGGUCAAGUCCCCCACAUCCCCAACACAAAACCUGUUCCUCGGCAGUAAAAGCAGCCCUAACAGUCUCCUUAGCAAGGGUGGUAUCCCCAGCCCACUUGGAGGAGGCCUGGGCCGGGGCUCAUCUCUGGAUAUUCUGUCCAGCUUAAACUCUACCGCGUUGUUCGGGGACCAGGACACAGUGCUGAAGGCCAUCCAGGAGGCUCGGAAAAUGAGGGAGCAGAUCCAGAGGGAACAGCUGCAACAUCACCAGCAGGGCAUGGAGGCAAAGCUGUCCGCCCUCAGUUCAGUGGGCCUCAACAACUGCAGAGUUGACAAGGAGAGGGCACAUUUCGAGAGCAUGGGGCACCACCUCGGCAAGCUGGGUGAGGAAGGAAAGAUUGGCCACAGAGUUAUUGACCUUACCAGGCCAGAAGAUCUAGAUGGGUCCAAGGAAGUAAAUGGCUCUGCAGAUAAACCCCAACCCUAUUAUUGUUGGCCAACAGGAGGUGCUGGAUCUACUGAGGCACGAGUCUUCAGGGAAACCCGAGGAAGGAACAACAACGAACCCCACAUUAAAAGGCCAAUGAACGCAUUCAUGGUGUGGGCCAAGGAUGAGCGGCGCAAGAUCCUCCAGGCCUUCCCCGACAUGCACAAUUCCAACAUAAGCAAGAUUUUGGGUUCUCGGUGGAAGUCCAUGACUAACCAGGACAAGCAGCCAUACUAUGAGGAGCAGGCCCGCCUGAGUAAGCUCCACCUAGAGAAGUACCCAAACUACAAGUACAAGCCACGGCCUAAGAGGACCUGCAUUAUCGAUGGAAAAAAACUCCGCAUUGGAGAGUACAAGCAGAUGAUGCGCUCACGGCGACAAGAGAUGAGGCAGUUCUUCACUGUGGGACAGCCACCACAGAUUCCCAUCACCACCAGCGCCAGCAUGGUCUAUCCUGGGGCCAUCACCUUGGCGACCACCACACCCUCACCUCAGAUGACAUCAGAGUGCUCGAGUGCCUCAGUGAGUCCUGAGCCAUCCAUUCCUGUCAUUCAGAGCACCUACAAUAUGAAACUAGAGCCCAAUACCAUGGCAAACAACAGCGAGCCGGUCAAUGGCGAGGAUGAGAUGGACAUGUACGAGGAUUUUGAGGAUGAGCCCAAAUCAGACUAUAGUAGUGAAAAUGACACUCAAGAGCCAGUCAGUGCCAACUGAGACCUCUUUAAUGGAUGAGGCCAUUGCAGACACAACACUUGUACAGGAGGAUGCCCAGAGGGCUGGUGUGAUGUGAUCCAAUGGAACGAAACAGCAAAAGAAAACUACACCACAAAGGUUUAAAAAUGUAAAAAAAAAAAUUAAAAAAAAAAAAAAACAACAACAAAAAAAAAUGAUGUAUCAUUUAGGAGCCAGCAUGCAGAUGUGGCUUCAUCAGAAUCAAAAGCUAUUUGGUCUUAAGUGUUUCUUCAAAUGUGUGAAGCAGUUUGGUUGUGGUAAUUUAGAUUUUGUUUAGUUUUUUUAUCUCAUUGUUUAUUUUUUCAUUGUGAUCAUGGACAUUUACACUAUUAGGUCAUUGCCUAGAACAAAAGACAGAACUUGAAAUUGAACAUUUGAUAUGAACCUAUAAUUCUUACAGUCAUUUACCUUGUUUUCCUCUUCAAUUAGAUGAUUUUGAUAUAUUGGAUAACUGUUAAAGAUGGGAAUAAUAUUCUCACUCAGGUAUAGUGUGCCAGCCAACAGCUUGUGAAUGUUUUUAAUCAAUAAUCAAUUAUUACUAGUACAAAAUAUCUCAAAAUUCAUAUGGAGUGAUUCAAACUUAUUAUAGAGGGAAAUUACACAUCAUUAUUAUUAUCAUUAUUAUUAUUAUUAUUAGUGUUUUUUGUGAUCGUUAUAACACAAACUGCAUAAUUUAGUGCAGAAGUGCCAAACAUUUCAAGAUGUUUCUAAAAUCUGCAGUCUUUUGGGAGAGCCUUCGUGAGUCUUGGACAAUCUCUUGAUCUCUUAAUACAGCUUCAUUAUCCAGUCUUUCUUUAAUUUACCCUAACAGAAUAAACAAAUGAAACUCAGGAACUUGGAGGCAGCAGGCUCUGCAGGAGGUUAGACUAUGUGAUAUCUUUGGGUGGUAGCUUGUCAUGCUAGCUGUUCUCCAGGGAGCCCAAUGCAGUGAUCAUCAAUGAAACCGGCCAGCCCUUUCAUUUCUUCAUCCCAGUCCACACACAGCACCGUGGCAUCCUUAACUAAUUUCCAGCUCUGCAACCCAGUCUUGACUCACCAAGUUCUUAAUCAGAGUGAUUGUAAUCAGGCCAGAAUGCUAAAGGGCCAAAGGCCUCCAAUCUGUGGGAUUGGAACAGCAGCAAAAGGCAGCUUUGGGGGCAUUACAAUCUCAAAUUGAUGUUGUACAAUGUGUAGCUACAGUAUGUUCUGUUAAACGCUUUAGCCCCAUUUGGACGAAAAGUUUAAAGUCUUAGGUCUUAGAACUUAAUUUUUUUUCAAUCUUAAUUCUUUUUAGACAUUGUAAAUCUUAAAUUGACACUAAGAAGUCUUAAAGGAGAGCACGGACAUCGGGUUGAUGCAAUGAGUUGAUUACUGCCGUAGUCUUAAGAGGAGUGACGGUUUAUGAGGAUAUUUAUAAACUGAGAGAAAUCAUGUGUUUGUUUCUUAAAUUACCUCGUCAUAUACACGACAGGGGUAACUUAAAACACAGAUUUUUGCAUUAGUGCACUUACACAAAUCUUAUUCUGUCACCCUUGAGCCUUACGUUGUUAUUUUUAAUAAUCUUAUAAGUUUUUAGAAUGCACUUACUCUUGCAUUUAAAACAGGACAAUAUUUCAAUGAGUCUGAAACAAGGGGCACAAAGUCUCUAUCCCAAUUUCAGCUAAUAAACUGACAAGUGGUGACCUUCUGGAGACUGCAGCUAGAUAAAGCAAGGCCUUGAUGUUGAGACUCAGAUCCUCGUUACAAGGCAGAAGGUCUAAGUGGCUCCCCUCCCUGCCAUGCCCUGCUCUGACUCCUGCCCGUGGUAACCUCAGCACCCAGGGGGCGCCAUCUGGCUCAGAGAAGGAGAAAACACCAGGGAGGGAUGGGAAACAAUAAAAAUGGGGUAUGUGUUCCCUCAUUGUGCUCUUCAUCAAAGUGCUGGUAGUAAGGCCUCAACAGGGCUCCCACCCUGGCCCAAUCACCAGGCACUGGCGAGCAGAUGGAACAAGUACAUCAAGCUGUGGGGGAUUAUUAAAAUGACUGACGACUGGGUAUCAUCUGAAAUACAGCAUUAUUAAUGCAUGAGUCCAGCUAUUCCCCUCCCUUGCCCUUGAACCUGUCCAUUUCAGAAAGAGCACAGAGCUUUUUGAAGGAGCUGAAUGGCUGGUUACUGGCUGUAACUGGUCAAGAUCCCCACUGCUGGUCACUGCAUUUUUCUCCUAGCUCUAAUUGGUACAGAUGGCUCUCUCUUAAGCACUCAUAUCUUCAUUACUGUCUUAUUGUCAGUGCUGGAUUGCAUUAUUUCUACUUUUUGAAAGCAUUUAAGUCUUGUAGGUUUUUUAAACCACCCCAUUAAUAAUUCCUAUUUUAUUUUUUUUCCCUAUCUCAUCUUUUCUAAAUUGUUCUCAGUUUGAGGUGCAAGAUAUUUUAAGGAUGCUCUCCUACAAACAAACCCAAGUGGAUUUCCCUCCAAGUCAACCUGUUUGGUAUUUUUAAGCUGUUUGCUCCUGUUUGCUGGUGGUUAGAUUGAUUUGUAUGUGAUUGUAAAUAUUUUCGUGACCAUGCCACACUGCUUUAGUUGGCUGGUAGUUAAAAAGGACUCUUCACAGAACUGAAACUUGACUGUGCUUAUAUAGCAAAAAAAGACAAAAAAAAAAGAAAAGAAAAAAAUGACAAGAACUCAUCAGGAGACGAUGUUUCAUAAGUGUUAUAAGCACUGGAUAUAAAUUGUAUUUUUAUCAAUUCUGAUUAAUGUGAAGCUGUUUGAGGAAAAACACCAUGAAUGAACAAAAUUCCCCAGUUGGACUCAAGUGGGUUUGCUCUCACAGUUGCCAGAUUUGAGUCAUUUUUUUGUCUACUUAUUUUGUUUAUUUAUGCAAAGACACAUGUGAUGAAUGAACACUUUGUUUAAGCUUCAGGGCUGCCUAGGGGAGAGUCCCAGCACAAGAAAGUGAGCAGAAAAUUCAACAGCAGGCUCAGUUAGCCAUCAAACACCAGACUUCAGAGCAUUGUAUAUUGUAUUUGAAACUGUAGAGUAUCAACAUAUUGUAUUUAUUAUUAGCCACAGCUGGCUCUAAAAUUGUCAGUAAAACAAAAACAUGGACAAUCAGAGAAAUAGAAAAAAACACGUUUGAUGAAUUGGAGCUAAAAAUGGUUUUCAGUGAAUUCACCAUCUCAUUUAGAUUUUAUUGUAAAUAUAACAUAGGAAAUAUAUUUUUGUUCAUUAGUGAAGUAUAAGUUAUGUUUUUGGCUGUUCUAUUUUAUUUUCUUUUUCAUGUUUUAUUUUUGUACGUGGUUUCAUGUUUUUAAAACCUGACAAGUCACUGUACCUCAUGUAGAUGCUGAGUUUUUCUGCUUAUUAGAAGAGAGCAGUAUUGGACCUGAGACAGAGAGAAGCACCUCACUUGCUUAUGUUUUGAUAAUCUUCCCUGGACUAGUCAAAGAACCAAUCGAAAUAAAAGCUAUACUCAUUAGACUUGUUAAUAGAGUCAUUACAAGUAAGGUACUCAUUUAAACAACAAGCACUUGAUGUGAAAGAAUUAUUCAGUAAUUUGUUUCCAAUCAUGAUACAAUCUAAGUGGUAUGCUGUAUAUCCUCACUUGUGUUUAGUGUUUAUUACAGCACUCAUGGUAUGUGGCAAAUUUCCACAUGAGGAGCUGAUACCAUCCUAAAAAAAAUCUGCAUGCAUUUGCAUUGCAUUUACAUGAUCAUAACAAAGGUGUUUUUUUCAUGAAUGAUCAAACACAAGUGAUAUUUUUAGAUUAUUUUUGGUGGGAGCGUGCAAAUAUUUAUUUGUUUUAAUGUGGCAAAAUGCACAGACAUUGUGCAUUCUUCUUAGUUAAUUCUCUCCUUGUCAUCUUUUUGUAUGUUGCUGAUUUUUAAUGAACAUGUUCAUGACUAUCUAGCCAUCUGCAAAUUUAGCCCUCACAAUUGUUUUCUCUUAAUCCAAUUGUUAAACAUGCAAAUGGGUUGAAUGAACAACUGAAGGCAAAAGCUUGUAUGCUGUUUCAACAUUACUUACUGUAAUUUCUUUUUUUUUGUCUGAACUUUGUGAUGUAUAUGGUGGGAAUGUUCUCUGUGUUAAUUUAAUCAGCACAAUUCACUGACAUGCUGGACUGACAUGCUAGCUGCUGUUCAGAAGUGUAAAUGUGUCGUUCAGGGCAACAUUUAUAGUUGUCUUUGGUACUUUGCUUUUUAGAGUUGUCUCUCAAGCAACACUGUGUGUGGCUCUUCUAUCACUGGAGCCGUUGUUUUGAAAUUGCUGGCAGCCUGAUACAAUUUUCUGCAUAGAAACCUUUUUUUCUUUUUCUGGCAGGUACCUAGGCCCAUGGCAAGUAUUGUUUGGGUGUUAUUAGAGAAAAUGAAAUACAUAGUGUCUGUUGCUGCUUUAAAAAAGUUUAUGUCUGAAUAUGUAAAUAGUUUAUCAUAAUAUCUUGUACAGUCCAAUGUAAAGUUUUUAAUUCAACUCAGAAAAUGUUGCCAUCACAUUUGUGUUCACAUUCUUCUUUAUACAGUACAAAAGAUCAAUUAUUUGCUAGGGCUAUUAUUGCUAAAAAGAAAAAAAUGAAAAUGUUACUAAAUUUUUUUAUGUUUGUUUUGUUUUGCUUGGCUUCAAAGUGUACACCAGCAAGUCUUUGGUUUCCAUGUGCAGUAUUGACGUGAGGUAAACUUAAGGUGAAUAAUUUUCCAGUGGUGUGUGUGGAGAGCAAUCUCCUCGGCUUUGGUAGUAUUAAUACACUAUAUCAAGUAAAAACAAACCAAUGAGUGACACAUUUGGGUGCAUCUAGGCACCACAGAAAUGUGUUUACUGUAUAUGAUUAAAUUAUGCCCACAGGAUCAAUUCAGGCAUAUUAUAAUGUAACACCAUUUUCUGUAUGUCUCAGUCCAUUGUAACAAUGCAACAGUGGGAAUAAUAACUGCCUGUUUAAGCUCAUUUACCUCAAGAAUUUCCUCCUUUUCUGUAAAAGAGACAGAAAUUGUGUUACAGAAAACUUCUCCCAUCACUCCAUCUUUUGUACUGCUGUUGACACUUACAAAUUAAAGAGACAUUUUGUUUUAA